UCGAAUCUCGGCCAGCUGGAUGAUGAUGGACUUGAAAACAUUUGUUCUGCUAGCCGCAGCUUUGGCCAUCUUCACCUGCCACACGAUCGCCCAGCCAGAAGAAUCCGACGAGGAUUACGAGGAUUGUCCUCCCGAAAAUAAUACAAACAACAAUAAUAACAACAAUAAUAACAAUAAUAAUAAUGGAAAUAACAAGCACGAUGAUAGUGAUUUGUGUGCGAACUUCCAGCACAUUCGCGAUCUGAUCGAUCAGAAAAAACUGCGGGACUUGAUCGAAGUGCAUUAUAAUUGUGAUAAGAAGUUCCGACGUGCCAUGCGAUUCUAUAAUACCACGGGAUUUACUCGGGUCACUCAGGAAUUGACGGAUUCGACUGCAUACCACACGGUUCUCAAGGAGUUGCAGGCAAAAAAUGUGGAUACCGCGGAUAUUGAGAGCGUUGCGGAUAUUUUCUACUGCAUCAUCCUGCCAGUUAAGAAACCUGUGAGAAAUUGCAACUGCAAGGCUGUGAAGCACCAUACGUUCGUGGGCGAUCUGUUGAACAUAAUGCCCCAAAAGGCCAUCCACAAUUAUGUGGCUGAAUCACGGGCCAAUCUCACAAAUUUCGGAAACUUCACAAAGGCGGUCGUUUCACAGGAGUUCCAGUCCACACUGAAGGCCAAUGUUAACAAGAACGAAAUUGUUAAACCAUUGAAGACUCUUCGCAAGAAUGGCUGGGACAUUCCGGUGCUGCUGCGUGCCAUGUUGACCAUUUUCCAGUGGUGACCGGACCACUCGUAGUUUGAGUAUCCCUCUAUUGUAUGUAAACCCAAUAAAGCAACAAGUGAAACGAGGAAA